CGAACAACCUGUACCUCCUAACCUUACAAAUCCUGAUGUCAUACAUACUCCAUAUAGCAUAAGUCGUAAAUAUCCUCGGGGAAGGCUGAAGGUUUUGCGGUAUAUCCACUAAAAUUAGGAGAAAAAAUAACAAUUGUAUGCACGAAUCGACAUAUUGAAGUCAUUUGGAGUAUGUCAAUCUACCACGACGAACUGGAAAUCGAAGAUUUUGAGUACGAUAAGAGGAGAUUUAUUAUUACCCGUGUCCUUGCGGUGAUCAGUUUCAGAUAUCGAAAGCCGACCUAAUCGCCGGCGAAGAAGAAGCCACGUGUCCCUCCUGUUCCUUAGUAAUUAAAGUGAUAUACGACAAAGAAGCCUUUUCUUCUAAACAAAGGGAGUUUAUAAAGGGUGAACUUGUAAAGGCAGAACUCGUUAAAGACUAAAGAUCUCUUAGGAAACUCUAGAUCGCUUAAAAAAGCUUAAAUUCUCAACAAGAAUGGCAGGGCGUGGUAGAGGAAAGCCUACGUUGUCCAUCAACACUGAAAAAUCGGACAAGGGAGAACUGCCACCAGUAAAACCUCCACCAGAUUAUCCUGAUGUAAAUCUCACACGUACACGCUUUGAGAUGACCAACGAGCUUGAGUAUUUAGUAGAGUUGAAAAGGGGUUUUGUUGAGUCUAUGCGGAACUCUGAGUACUACUUGCAACUAGAAGAAGAGAAGAAGGACAUUGAAAGAUAUUCUGAUUGCUAUAGGGAAACGAUUAAAGAAAAAUCGGUGCGCGAGAUCGUUGAUUGCGACUGGAGCAUGUUUCCGGCGGAAUUAGCACCGUCAUCGGAGCGUAAAAAGACUGUUUCAAAGACAAAAAGUGACAAAAAGGAGAUGAUUAAAGCUAAGAGGAAGAAGCCAAGACCCAUAGACGACGACGACGACGAUGACGAUGAUGGUGGCAACAAGCAGAAUACUGAAGUGAAGCUGCAGCAGCAGAAGAGCCAGCAGGCGCAAAACAACACGGACAAGGAAAUGAAGAAUAUCAAGGAGGAGGAGGAGGACUCAGAGGAUUCGGAGAAUAUGGAGGAGUACGAAGAAGUAGACCAAGAAAUGGAUUAUGGCACUGAUUAUCUGAACAAUUACUUCGACAACGGCGAGGAUCUCGACGACGAUGACGACAAUCCGGACGACGGGCCUGUUUAUUGAUAUUGUCGUUGGGUAUCGCCCGUAGAGCCUGCCCUUCCCCUUUUCCCUCUCAUCACCCCGUGAAGCUUGCAUUCGAUUAAAUCUGGACGAUCUGUUCGAUCUACCAGUCUUCUACAGGUGUGUCCUCGCGGAUUGAUUAUAUAUCGUACUGUUAGACGAUGACGACGACGAUAACGACGACGGGGAAAUUUUGGUCCACAGAAUCACCACUAAGUUCGGCAAGAAAACACCGAAUAAUUAUUCGCGAAAACCACGCGCGCGCGGAAAAUUCGUAUCUUCACUCGUUGUCGUCGCAGCAGCAUGCUCACAGUCAGAAUAUCGGGUUGGCAACUUAAUGCUCGGGUAUUUACUUUCGUGUGUGAAUUGCCGGCAGUUACAGUGCCACGAGAAGUUUACAAGUUACACAAUCGGUGGUGCCGCUUGAGGGGCUGAGUCGCGAAUUCAAUCCGGCUAUUAAGGUUCUACUGAUUCAACACUGUUCCAAUGACAGAAACAUCAAUAAUAUAAUUAUCUUGAAUAUUUCCAAAAAGAAGAGAGAGGGAGCUUUUAAAAUUUUGUUAAAAGCUAUUUCUUUAUGCUAAGUUGUGAUGUUUAAAGCGUGAUCUACAAUAUACUCUGCUUCUUUCUUCUUUCUCUUUAUCUCUUUCUGACUCAAACCUCAAGCUUUAAGCCAGAAAAAGAUAGAAGACAAGAAACAGGACGCAAAGAGCAUAUUGUAGAUCAGACAUAAUGAACAUUCAAUCAUUGUGUUAUUUCAGUAAUUUUAUUGUAUUACUUCGGUAAUUAGUACAUAGUUCAUUCUUCGGCUCGUUACUCUGAUACAACCGCCAUUGUCUAAAGGCUCGUCUACAAUGUCUGUAAGAGUAUAGCUGUAAGGCUAUAACAUGAGCAUGAAAAUAAUUCAUUUCGCGUCUUACAGCCUUACAGCCAUAUUCUUACAGACAUUGUAGACAAGCCUUAAUAUACCUCAUCAAAAUUGCAAUCGACAUUUAUUGAUUAUCUCAUUUCCCGUUGCGUUUGUCGAUUGCCAGCAAAUCAAAGUUUUGUACAAAUGUUAGUCUUGUUAAUAAUUCCAUUAAAUAUUUAUUAACAAAAAUA